UACCAAGUCAUCAGUAGCUUCUUCAACAGAACAACCUCAAAAUGUACUCUCUUGUGAUUGUCGCAGUUGUUGCAUUCUCAGCAAUCGUGAAAUGCGAUGACUUCUAUUCUUCGAAAUUCGAGAAUAUCGACAUCGAUGCCAUCAUUAAAAAUGAAAGAUUACUCCAGAAUCAUUUCAAUUGCCUUUUGGAAGGAAAGGGUUGCACACCAGAGGCUGAAGAAUUGAAAAACCAUAUCCCAGAAAUUAUGGAAACUUGCUGUGCCAAAUGUACAGACAAGCAUAAGGAAGGAGCCAAGAAGAUGACCCAAUACUUGAAGGAUAACAAACCAGAGUACAUCAAGCAAAUGUUGGAUAAAUAUGACCCUGAUAGAAAAUAUGCCAAGAAGUGUGCCGAGAAUCUCCAAUCUGGCGGAAUUGACCUUAGCAGUUUCUAAAUAUGAUGAAAAAUGGUGAACGAUUUUGAAUUUAAUGUAUAUUUUGACUCUAGAAUAAAUAAUUGAAGCAUA